GGGGGCGUGGCGGCGGGAGGGGGCGCCAUGCGCCAUGUCAUGGAGGCUCAGUGUGCGAGCGGCCAUUGACGGGGCCGGAGCUGCGCGCGGAGCGGGGCGGCGGCGGCGGCUGCCCGCGGCGUUCCCCUCCCCACUCCCGCUUCCCUCCCGCCGGCGCCUGCCGCGACAGCGGUAGCGACCCCCGCGGCCGUUUCCCCGCCGCGCCCGGCCACCCUCCCUCGCUACUGCGGAGCCGCGGGAGGGGGGGGGCGAUGGAGAUGAAGAAGCGCAUCAACCUGGAGUUGCGGAACCGGGCCCCGGAGAAGGUGACGGAGUUGGUGCUCGACAACUGCCGAUCCAGCAACGGGGAGAUCGAAGGGCUGAACGAUUCCUUUAAAGAACUGGAGUUUCUUAGCAUGGCCAACGUUGAGCUGACGUCGCUGGCCAAACUUCCCACGUUGAGUAAGCUCCGAAAGCUGGAGUUGAGUGACAACAUCAUUUCGGGGGGCCUGGAGGUCCUUGCAGAACGGUGUCCGAAUCUCACGUAUCUAAAUCUAAGUGGCAACAAAAUCAAAGAUCUUGGCACUGUGGAAGCUCUUCAAAAUCUUAAAAACCUGAAGAGCCUUGACCUGUUCAACUGUGAGAUUACAAACCUUGAGGAUUACAGAGACAGCAUUUUUGAGCUGCUCCAGCAAAUCACGUACCUCGAUGGGUUUGAUCAGGAAGAUAACGAGGCACCGGACUCGGAAGAUGAUGAUGAGGAAGGAGAUGAAGAUGAUGAUGAUGAAGAUGAGAAUGAAGCUGGUCCUCCAGGGGAAUACGAAGAGGAAGAUGAUGAAGACGAUGGAGGUUCAGAUUUGGGGGAAGGUGAAGAGGAGGAGGAAGUUGGUCUUUCAUACCUGAUGAAAGAAGAGAUUCAGGAUGAAGAUGAUGAUGAUGACUAUGUUGAAGAGGGAGGAGAUGAGGAAGAAGAAGCAGAGGGUGUUCGAGGGGAGAAGAGGAAACGAGACCCUGAAGAUGAAGGCGAGGAAGAGGACGAUUAAUUUGUUCUAGACACAAGUAGGACCAGACUCUUCAGUUACAGAAUACGCAAUAGUGAUUAUGCAGAUCUGUAUGUCCAUGUACCAUAGAUGUCCCUACAGAAGAGAAUAUGUUAACUUUUUAUAGGAAAAAAAAAAGUGUGGUUUUACUAUUCUUGCCCUUUUUAUCAUUCCAAAUAAGAUCUAAUAGCCUGGUAGUGAACCUCUAUGUAGAAAACAAUUUUCAGCCCUAUAAUCACUGAAGCCAUUGUCAUGUUUCCCCCCCUCCCCGACUUUUGUUUGGAGCUCUUUAAUUUUAUAUAAGCUUGCUGUGUUGGUCAUCCUUAGCCCAGUUGAAACACCCAUUUCCUGUGGGUUUCACAUUGUGAAUUUCCUUCAAGAUUUUAAAAGGUUUUUAUACUUAAAGCUGAACUCAAAAAUGCCCUGUGGCAAAUUCCAGUCUCUUAAAGGAGAAGUUGACUAAGAUGAGUUUACCAGGGAUUCUAUUUCAGAUCAAUAACUUAAGGUUACACCUUUAUUUUAGCUUUUUAAAGGUGCCUCCUGGCUUAUUUUAAGUCUCCAUUUUGUGCAUUGUGUUGUCAAGCCAGAGCAGGUCUUGGAAGAUCUUUUGUUUUCUCCUGCUGAUGCUGAUGUUGUGUGUUUGCUGGAGUGUUCACUAGGUACCUUCAAGGAUGUAUCUUGGCAAACCGAAAGGUUGCAGUCCUUCAGUUUGCUCCCAACAUAGAGUCACUGCAGGUGUUAAUGAAAGCAAGUAACUUGUCUUUUUUAACCAUUUUGCUAGAAAUCUUUGUUGAAACUCUCACUCAGCUUGCUCUUGCAUUGUCAUUUUUGGGGAAUUCUGCCACAAUCAUGGUGUUUGGCUGUAAAAUAGAUGCAUUUCUGAUGCAGAAGUUAACGGGUAACUCCUUCAAGCACAUUUGUUUUCAACACCCCCUCCCCCUAGAAUCAUUGCAGAUGAACAUGUGAAGUCUUUCCUUGCAAGUCACCUCUUAAAUCUGGUUAUAGAGAAACCAUUCGAGUUCCUGUAUAAUACUAGUUAAUAGUUUAGGGGUUUUUUAAUAUCAGAUGACUGCAGAAACUUGUUCCACUGCAUAUACAGUCGGUGGUGAGUGUGGGAGACACACAGGCUUUCUUCUAGCAGCCUGAUGGUGACCAACAGGUCUUAACUAGUUGUACCCCAGCAGAUUCCUGUUCUCUGUGUGAGCCACUGUUGAGGCAGAGAGCAUUCCUCUCAGCCACCAUUUGGAACGAAAGCGCUAGUCUCGCUACAAAACUAAUUCCCAUUGUCUCAUGUAGGUACUGAACCAAAUACCACACACAGCUUUAUUCCAGAGACUUAUUUUUAUAUCUGUCUUGGCUGACAAUAGCUGCCAUUAAACUGGGGGAGACAUGGAGGGUGGGGGAAGAGGGAGGUUUCCUGGACCUAAGUUGAGUCACUCACCCACAGCUCGGUUCCACGCACGUACUUACUAAGUAUUUCACUCACUAGCAGACUUCCAGUGUGACUUCCAGCUCUUUAGAUACUGCAGGGUUGAAGUUCUGCAAAGCCCAAUUCCUUGUGGUUUGUUGGGAUUUUUUUGUUUGGUUUUUAUUUCUCCCCCCUCAAAUAGAGCCUUAAAUCAUAGUUUCUCACAUAGCUGUGAAGCAUAGCCAGCCAUUAACAGCACGGGAAUGAAAGGAGUCAGGCAGAUGGCAAUACACUGAGAAACAGACUAAAAUGGGGUUUGCAUUCGUUUCUCUUUCUUUUUUAACAAAUACCUGUAAAGACACUAGAAAAGUAGUGGUAAAACUACGUCUGCAACCACAAUCCCAAGUUCCUGUGUUUGUGUAUGAAUUCUGAAUGAAUAGAAACCUUAGGUAAGUGCACAGCUGGUCUUGUCCUGGAGGCUCUGUGUUCAAGGCAGUUGCUUUGUGCUCAGCUUUGAGAUAGAAAAGUGUGUUUUCCCAUCUUUUUGCUUCUUUGGGGUUUUUUUUUGGAUUGAAACCUGUUAUUUAUAAGUGUGUACUUUAAAGUACCUCAUUGUCAGGGCUUUCCUUAACUGUCUUCUACUGAUGCAUAUAAAAUUAGUUUUAAAUGGAAAGAAAAAUGUAUUUUGAUGGAUUAAAAGGAUUUGAGAACUGGUCUCGUUUCAGUGAGUGGGUCCAAUUUUGACACUGGAUGAGCUAAUAGGAUGUAAACUCAGAAGGGGUUAGCAGACCUUUCCUAAAGAGAGGGGGACUGAAAACGACUUGCAGCGUCACCUGUCAGCUGCUAAAAACCAACCAACCUGAGCCUCGCCCAAAACUGACCUUCCCAAGUCACUUCUGUCUUUUCCCGUGUCACCGUGGAGCUGUGGCCUCUCAGCUCUGUCAGCUUUGGCAUGCAAGGGAAGCAGCGAAGCGUUUUUUAAACUCAGUAAUACAGAGCCUCCAGAUAACUUUUGCAACUUUUUUGCUUGGUGGGUGGUCUUUUCAUGCAAAUAAACGUUAAGGGUGGGUUUUAUAUUUUGUAGAGGUUUUUGUCCUAUUUUAAUGCUCUUUGUAUGGCAGUAUGUAUAUAGUGUGUUUCGGUUCCUUUAUCAAACUCUUUUUUCCUUAAACUUUGGAGUAACUGAUUUUUUGUGCAACUGUGUUUUGAAUAAAGCCAUGACAGUGUUAAAUUAAAGAAAACAACCCUGCAGCACUCUUCUGGUAACUUUUAGUUGUAACAGAGACACGUUUCCUCCCUCUGUGUGCUGUAAAUUUUAAAUUAAAAGUUUUCAAACCGAAUUAUUUCAAAUAAAUUGAGACUAUUGUAUUGGA